AUACCAACACUUACCCUACAAAAACCAAAACAAAAAAAAAAAAAACAAUGGAGGGAGCUCAUGUUCUUGCUCUACCAUAUCCAGCCCAAGGCCACAUAACGCCAAUGCUCCAGCUCUGCAAACGCUUAGCUUCAAAAAGCGUUAAGGUCACUCUCGUAAUUGUCUCGGACAAGCCCUCAAAGCCUUACAGAACACAACACGACAUCACUGUCGUAACAAUCUGGAACGGGUUCCGAGAAGGGGAAGAGCCUCUCCGAGAUCUGGACGAAUACAUGGACAGAGUCGAACGCAGCAUCUCGAACCAUCUUCCGCUGCUCAUAGAUGAGCUCAAAUCCUCCGAAUUUCCUCCCAAAUCUCUCGUUUAUGAUUCCUCUAUCCCCUGGGUGUUGGAUAUUGCAAAGAGUAAUGGCUUGUACGGAGCUGUCCUUUUCACUCAACCUUGGUUUGUGACUGUCGUGUACUACCAUGUCCGGAAGGGUUCGUUCUGUGUGCCAUCUAGAAGAGAUGAUCACCCUACUUUAGCAUCGUUUCCGUCUCUUCCUCUGCUGAGUCCGAGCGAUUUGCCGUCUUUUCUCUGCGAGUCAGGCUCCUACCCGUCUCUCCUGGAGGUUGUGCUUAAUCAGCUCUCCAACAUCGAAAAAGCCGAUCUUGUGUUGUGUAACACGUUCGAUAAGUUGGAGGAAAAGGUGAUGAAAUGGAUGGAGGAGAAUCUCUGGCCUGUGAAGAACAUAGGACCGACUGUUCCGUCAUUGUACUUGGACAAGCGAUUACCAGGCGAUAAGGACUACGGACUCAGCUUGUUCAACCCUAAAGUCGACGAGUGUCUCACCUGGUUAGACACGAAGGAACCAAAUUCAGUGGUUUACGUCUCGUUCGGAAGCUUAGUGGUUCUAAAAGACGAGCAUAUGCAUGAACUGGCGGCUGGUCUGAAACAGACAGGCCACUCUUUCUUGUGGGUGGUAAGAGAAACAGAGACAGACAAGCUUCCAAGAAACUAUCUACAGGAGGUUUCGGAGAAAGGGUUAGUAGUGACUUGGAGCCCUCAGCUACAAGUUCUUGCCCACAAAUCCGUCGGUUGUUUCGUGACACAUUGUGGGUGGAACUCGACUCUCGAGGCUAUGAGCUUAGGAGUGCCGAUGAUUGGGAUGCCGCACUGGACUGAUCAGCCCACGAACGCGAAGUUCAUAGAGGAUGUGUGGAAGGUCGGAGUUCGGGUGAAGGCUGACAGGGAUGGGUUCGUGAGGAGGGAAGAGAUUGAGAGAUGCGUCGGUGAAAUCAUGGAAGGUGUGAAGGGUCAAGAGAUCAGAAGAAGUGUGGAUAAGUGGAAAGAUUUCGCAAGGGAAGCUGUUUCUGAAGGAGGAAGUUCUGAUAGGAAUAUCGACGUUCUAGUUGAUAAAUUUUGCCAAAUGAAGUGAAAUGAUGUAGAAUGUUAUAAUCUCGUAGAACAUUCAGUUCUUUGUCAUAUUUCUAUAUCUGAAUCAGACAUAUAUAUAUAUAUUGUUGAGAUAUAUCGGAUCUUGAAUAAUAUUACAAG